AUUCCCCCACCCACCGCUCAUAUCUGAACACAGAUCCACCUACCCCUACCCGUCCUUCGGAUUGGACCCCAGGAAUGGAUAUGUGGACCCACAUUUCAUGUCUCCCGUGAUGCCGUUCCACCAGCCAAUACCAGUUGACGCUCGGACUAACGAGGGACGGUACACGUUUGACCCCCACAACGUCUACCAUGUGCCCAUACACAGUCCGCCCUUUGGUGGCAGCCCUGUGUUGUCGGAUGUCUCCAUGUUGCGGCUCACCCCCCACAGACCACACAGUGACCCCACAUCCCCCUUACAUGGCCCCCACCCUGCCUUCAGGCUAAACCCCUUCUUCAGCCCCUACCAUGGAACCCCCCCACUGUCUGCCCUGUCCCAGGCCAGGGGGCUGAGUCCUCACGAUGGCAUGACAGCAGCAGAGUACUACCACAUGGCAGCCAUGAGCCAACAGCGCAUGUACAGUGACAUGCCUCCUCUCAGUGGUGGCAGUGGCAGUAUAGCCAUCGACCUGCCUACAGACGGUUCAAGGUUCUCAACACCAAGAACAGCGGCGCGACACGGGCGCAAGCGUGCACUGUCCAUCUCCCCGCUAUCCGGGGAAUGUCUGGACCUCAACUCCAUGAUCAGAACGUCGCCAAACUCUCUUGUUGCAUUCAUUAACGGCGGCUCGCGCAGUGGUUCGUCUGCGAGCACGGGAUCGUAUGGUCACCUGUCGGCAAGCGCUCUGAGGACUGAAGGUGCAGAGAGCAAGCCUGGGACCCAGUCCUCGGGUAACCUGCCGUUCAGCGCGCCCAUGCCGAUGUUCCCGUACCCCACCUCCCCCGCCAUGCAGCAGUUCCACAACAGGCUCAUGCGCCAGAAGAGUCCCUUCCACUUCGGCAUGCCUCACGCGUCCCCGUUCGCCGCCCCCCUCCCCGCCGGUAUGGCCAUGUUGGCAGCACAGGGCGCCAUGCCUCCGUCAUCUUCUGCAGCUACACACACAGAAACAAAGACUGGAGAGCCAAGUUCGAGUAUCGUCAGCAGUACCAUGGAACCGUCGGAAAGCAAACGCUCCAAGGUCAAGUACGAGGGUUCACAGGGCUCUCCGGACAACGUGCCUUCGACGACAUUCCCCGCCGAGUCCCGGUCCGAAACCAGCAUGGCGGAGGGGACCAACGAAGACGCGGAACCUCCUGUGUAUGAGACCAACUGUCACUGGGACGGCUGCAGCAAGGAGUUUGACACCCAGGAGCAGCUAGUCCAUCAUAUCAACAACGAUCACAUCCACGGUGAGAAGAAGGAGUUUGUGUGUCGGUGGGCCGAGUGUACGAGAGAACAGAAGCCGUUCAAGGCCCAGUACAUGCUGGUGGUGCACAUGAGAAGACACACUGGAGAAAAACCUCACAAAUGCACGUUUGAGGGCUGUAACAAGGCGUAUUCUCGGCUAGAGAACUUGAAGACCCACCUGCGGUCCCAUACAGGAGAGAAGCCGUACGUCUGUGAACAUGAAGGGUGCAACAAGGCCUUCUCCAACGCCUCCGACAGAGCAAAGCACCAGAACAGAACACACUCCAAUGCUAAACCGUACGUGUGUAAAAUCCCUGGCUGUACCAAGAGAUACACGGACCCCAGCUCGCUACGAAAACACGUGAAGACAGUCCACGGUCCCGAGGCGCAUCAGACAAAGAAGCACAAGACCCUGGGACCCACGCCGCGCCCGCGGGACCCACCGUCGGACAAACGAGACCAGGACUCGGUCAGCUCGCCCCCGGACAGUAACGGCGUACACAGCAGUACCACAAACCCCGCUGCUUCUCAAGGAUCACCUGGACAGAAACCUACUGAUGGUCACAAGCCGACCGGCCAGACGUGCGAUGCCCAACAGUCUGUUUACGGCUCGUCCCCACACCACGACAGCGGCGUGGAGAUGAACGCAAACAGCGGGAGCCUGCCCGACCUCUCCACCAUCGACGACCAGGUCAUCAGCGACAGCAGCAUCAGCAGCACCGUCCCCACGUCCCACGCCGCCGAACGGGAGGGCGUGAUGGUGGCGGCGCGGCCCGGGCUGGUACCUCGGGCACCGCGCAUCGGAAACAAACCUGUGAACCAAAGAAGAAGGAUGCGACUAAGUGGCAGCACCCCUGGUCCGACCUCCCCACCCAGAUCGGACUCUGUACAACUACCUCCUAUCGAAAAGACAGGUUCAAGAGGACCGAGUGCUCAAGGCUCGCAUUCUUCGGUUGAGGCCACCAACAGAAGAACGAGUGAGCUUCGCGCAUCAGGCCUCAGUCAGACGUCACGUACCAGUAGCCUGGGCAGCCUGGGUUCGCGGAAGGACAGCGCGAGCACGGUCAGCUCGUACUACAGCAGCAGACGGUCGUCCGAGGCCUCGCCCUUCCCGGAGAGCAUCUUCUCCAGUAGAAGGUCUAGCCAAGCUAGUCCCUUCCCGGGCAUUAACAGAAGAACUUCCAAUGGGUCACUGUACUCGCCAAAUGAUUCUUACGACCCCAUUUCACUGGGGUCAUCCAGGAAGUCGAGCGAUGCGAGCAGUUUGAGCAUGAACGUGAACGAACUCGGGAUCAAUGUUGAACAGCAGCAGAUGUUGCGGGCGAGGUUUAUUCAAGCGACAGGACGGCCGCCUACCGCUGUCUGUGGCACCGAUUCGCGACCCGAGAGCCGCCGAGGGGACAGGAAGGAGAAGGAGAAUGUUGAAGAGCCCAACCCGAGACGGCAGAGUGACCUGGGGCACUACAAUAGGUUAAAGGGCACGCCACUUCCAAAGGAGGUCAAGGACGGGCCUCAUCGCAGGUCGAGCGCUCCUCAGAAUAACGACAUGGUCACGAAUCUCCCCGACGUACCGCGUGACCACAGCUUUAACAAACACACGCCCCUCCCCCCAGUAACCCCCCAACCCCCACCCCAAAUUAAAAAGGCCUUUAGUCCCACGAAGGUUAAACAAGCCUUCAGUCCCAAAUCAGCCAGUACUUCCAUGCAGGGAGUCGCGGAGGAAUUUCCGAUGGACUUGAUCGAGAACGAGCCUGACGUGAUAAUCCCGGACGAGAUGGUACAGUUCCUGAACUCGCAAACUGGCGACGAUCCGAGGGAGAUGGUUCCCAACUUUGAACAGGUGGGGACGACGCCCACUUUCUGUGAAGACAUUCCCAUGCCGGUGAACCCCAUCCAGACAGACAGCUUUGGAAACAUGGGAUCUCCACAGCAAGCCUUCAGUCCCCGACAACAACCAAUGGCACCUGUCCAGCAGCAACAGGCCUUCAACCAAUCACAGCAGGUCUUGUCACCCAGUCGCCAAAGUUAUAAGAUGUCUCAACCAAUGGGGUCACAGCCCUUGAGUCCCAUGGAAGUCAGCAUGGGUGCGUUAGACCAAAGUCCCAACCCUCCGACUUACAAUGCCUCACAGAUGAGUCCAGCUCAGCAAUUCAGUCCUGCUAGUUAUGAUCCCAACUUAAACUCGCCCUCUUGCAGAGUUCAGCAGAACUACAACCAGAUGGGUAUGCAGUCUCCCGUGCCAAAUUAUGCAAGUCCGACAAGACAAGCCCAGAACAUGGCACCAAAGCUCCCGACCAUGCCGGCACAGAUGAUGAGUCCUCAGCAGCGUCAGCAGCAGAUGCAAAACAUGCAGAGUCAGCAGCAGAUGCAGCAGCAGCAAAAGCUGCAGCAAAUGCAGAAGCUGCAACAAAUCCAAAAAAUGCAACAAAUGCAAAAGCUGCAGAAGAUGCAGCAGAUGCAACAGAUGCAAAAAAUGCAGCAAGCACAAAAAAUGCAGCAGAUGCAGAUGCAGCAGCAGGCUCAGAUGCAAAACAUGCAAGUGCAGCGGCAGAUGCAGAACAUGCAAAAACAAACGCAGCUGCAACAGCAGAUGAACAACCUGCAGCAGCAACGGCUACAGCAGCAAAACAUGCAGCAGAACUACAACAUGCAGCAGAUGCAGACACAGAUGCAGCUGUCUCCAAACGUGCAGCAGCAGAUGCAAAACCUGCAGCUGUCGCCGUCCGGUCAACAGUACAUGCCGGAGGGGCCGCAGCAGAUGCAGUACCAGGCCAACGUCCAGUUCUUCAACAUGCAAAAACCAGCCGGGACGACAGAUGAAAACCCCACACAGGUCAACGUCGUACAUUCCACUAUCGAGCCACACCACUCGCCGCAGCGGGCUGACGGGGACAUCGGCCUGGAGAACGCCAUGCCAGGGCCGUCCCAGAAUCCUAUGGGCUUCCCCACUGGGAACGCUGGCUACACGCAGGACCAAAGCGCAAACUUUGUCGGAGGUGCGAACAUGACGCCCAUGGUACCGCCGGAGACACCCGGCUCUGCUUCCAACAUGGUCAUCAACGACAUGAGCUCCCUCAUGGCCUCUCUAGCAGAGGAGAACAGAUAUCUCAACAUGAUGGGCUGAAGCAAUGGACUUUUAUUCUGUCAAGAUGGCUCAAAGACUACAGGCUGGGGUGGUUUGCUAUGUGUUAAAAGUUUGGGGCUUCAUUUUUAUGAAUGACAAGUUGUACAAAGAUACUGGGGUAUUGGUCAGAGUGACAUUAAAGACUGAUUUUAUGUCAUUCUUUCAAGCCCUCCAACUUCCCAUUGAUGUGAGUGACAAGAAAAGAUAAAUCAGAUUUCAGAGAUAAACUUUAGAGAUGCCAUGACUGGCCAAUUUAAUGUCUCAAGAACUAAAAUUGUUGCCAUAAGAGUAUGGAUGUGGUUCUCUUGCUUUUUGUAACAGAGUAAACAUUGGUGCCAUUUGCAUAGUGUCUUGCUGUUGAAAUCAGUAGGUAAUGUGUAUGUAGAUAUAGGGGUGUACUUGUCAAAAGUUAUGCUGACAACCAUAGGUGGCCAUGGUGUCUGUCUGAAGUGCCUGUUCGUGCCUAACUGUUAUAGACUGGAAGGAAUUUAACUCUCAUAUGCACUGAGGGCAGAAGGUAUUGAAUGUUUUGUUUACUGCAUUAGGAACUUGUCUGAUAGUAACAUGACUAGCCUUUCUUUUAUUUAUUCUAGUUCACGACACAUGAAAUGACAAGUACUUCUAUUUAACAAUAUCAGCAGCCAAAUACUUGCCACUUUACAAAGGUUUCCAUGCAGAACCCAUUGUAUAAGUUAAGAUAUCACUGCAAUCGCCCACUACCCAUGUACCGGUAGUUAGAGAAAGGCACCUUCCUCUUGCUGCAGUGGGCAUCCGUGUUGGGGCCCACUGGUCAUUCACACUAACA